AUGGCUUUAGCAUCGGUGUCAAGUAUGUGUUCAAACAUUGGUCCUCCAAAAGCGCUCUCAUACUUCACAGCCUCCUUUUCAGUUUUCCUGAUAAUUUUAACUAUUCCUGGAAACUUUCUCGUCUGUUUGGCCAUCAUAAAAGAUCCCUUCAGGAACUUGAAAACGCCUUUUAACUACUUCCUUUUAAGUCUAGCGGCCACUGAUCUGGUUGUGGGAACGAUUAUGGAUCCCGUGUCAGUUGCUUUUCACACCAGCGAAGGGCUUCAACUAAACAUCGUAGAUAUCAAACUCUUGCACAUUUUAUACUUUAUUUUGUGCACGGCGUCUAUUUUAAUACUCAUGGCACUUACCGUGGAGAGAUAUGUGGCCGUAUCAUCGCCAGUGAAGUACAAAACAGUGGUUACCUCCAAGCGCGCUAUUUUAACAUCCCUGUCAAUUUGGUUGGCAGCAUUAGGGUUUUCUUUUGCAUACUUUCAACUCGGAUUUAUAUUCUACUCCUUCAUUCUUGCAAACACUGCUGUUCUCAGCACGUUUGGGGUUAUCAUCUUUGUUCAUGUAGGAAUACUUAAACGACUGCGCCAAAGAUCGAGAUAUUGGCGAAAGAGGAGAGCAAUGGAGAGCACGAAAUCUGAUGUGCAGGAGAACAAAAAAAAUCUUAUCAGUGCAAAGAAGGACAGAAAAGCAGCUAAAGCAUUGAUGAUUGUGCUUCUUGCAUUUUUUUCUUCGUUCACACCAGCCUGUGUUAUGAUUUACUUGUUAAAUUUUUGCUCAGGCUGUAGUUGUGCGCUAAUUCAUUGGUUGCGGGAUUUGCAAUUCUUAAUUGUGUUGUGCAACUCUGGUAUCAAUCCUUAUUUAUACGCAUGGAGGCUUCCUCAGUUCAAAAGAGCUUUCUACAAGCUUCUUCAUCUCAAGGCACGCACGAAAAUAAGUGACAUUACCACAACGUCAAUUCAUGCCACUGGCAAACGAGAAACUAGCCAAAUACCUGAAACUCUUUGCGGUGAAGACGAAAGGAUUUCAUCCGUCUGA